AUGAAGGUGGAUUUUAUGGAUCCAGUCGAAAAGCAGGCACAGGAGACGCUUCUCAAGAACAUGGACAAGGUGCACCGCUGCGUGGGUGCGAACGCGGUGUCUGAUCUGAAAAAGACUGUGCCUGGCUACCUGACCCCGCAGCAGCGUACAUGCUUCCUGCUGGAUUCACCAACCAGCAGAGCCAAAGUUGGCUCGAGCUUUGUGCAAGUUGUCAAGGAGGUGGUUGACAACAACAAGCUCAGCCAGUUCAGCAUCGCGGUUCUUUGCGGGUGCCGAUUGGACUACAUGAGUGUGCUUCAGGCGAAACUGGCUGCGACGUUUCCGAGUGCCUGCAUCUUCGUGACUGCGCUCACUGCUGGAGCUGAUGUUCAAAGUGACAAAAGGCGCAUGAAUUUCGCCUUAGUGCUUCACCAAGGCACAACUGACUUGCCGGCAACGCCUACCAUGGUGCCUGCGCUGAGAGGGCGUGCCAAAGCCUGGGAAGGCAUUCGCCUUCGGUGCCUGAGUUUGAGUUGCCCCCUUCGUGACUUAAAGGAACAUGAAAGGGCAAAGCAGGUGUCUGAGGACUCGAAGGUGCCUGUGAAGCCGGGUGAUACCCGCGCAGAUCCCACAAAGUGCGAGCUUGAUCCGGAUGAUUGUGAAGGGCAGGGGCAGGACGAGGCGAUGAGUGAAGAAGAGGACACGGAUCCUGCGCCACUCAACCUGGGUGCCUCGUUCCAACAGCGUGACUUCUUGGUGGACCUCUUUACCUUUGCCAAGAGCGCCUCCUUCUACACGCCUAUCCUUCAGUGCCUGCUGUGUGUGUCUCGGUCCGUGACGACGGUCAUCUUGACAACCACGGCACACCCAGGCUCCAGCGUGGCUGCGCGGUUGCUUGGUCAAGAGGUCUUCGCGUGUCUGCCAACUGUGACUUCGCAUGCGUCCUUGCAUGGCGUGAAGUUGCAGGAGGAGAUGUUUUACCGGAGUGCGUUGGCUGAAGCCCGCGUGACUGCGGAUGCCGGGGACCGCAAACGCUCCCAUGUGUCUGCAGCCAUCCAGUUGAUUGAAGGAGGUUGCGUGCCUGACAGUGAUGUGUUUGACUUGACUGAUGUCGAACCCCCGGAGACUGAUUCCUUUGCGGGCCUGGACGUCUUUCACGGUGCUUUGGAUACGAGAGUUCCGUUGCUACUACAGAAGGAACUCAGUGACUCCAACCUGUGCCUGGACUUGCACCAGUCCUUUGGGCGUGGCUUGGUGACUGGUAAGCCGUUGGCCGAGGGUGAAAUCAUAUGCACCGCUACGGCGGCCAAGUUCACCUGUUACGAGGCCUUGGCGAAGUUCCUGCGCUUGCCUGGGCAUGGUUUCCUCGCUGACGGUGUGGUCAAGGUUGACAAUGCCAGAGUGAAGGGAUCACGUGCCUCCGUGUACUGUGUCUUGCUGGGUGCUGCGAGAUACGUGCAACACUUUCAAGGCAUUCGCAAGCAGCCGAACUGUGCCUGGCAAGUGGACAGUGCCUGCGGAAGUGGCAGUGGCUACCUCAAGCUUGUGGUUCGCACCCACAACGGUGCAGGCGUGGCUCGCAACAGUCAACUGUGCACCAACUACGGUUUGGCGUUCGACUUCGCCCAAGCCGCAGAGAUGUUUGAAGACGAUCGUGUCAAACGAUUCCGUGGUGCACUUGACGCCGUUCUUUCCAAGAGCCAAAGCCAGGUGGCUACGUCUUCGCCAGCACCACCUGCAGUGCCUGCAGUGCCUGCAGUUGUGCAGAUCGCGGAGAACAUCACUGACUUCAAGUUCCUGCUGCGCAUGACACCUGCAAGCUUCGUGCUUGUGUCUGGGGAGGUGCAAAACCGUCGGCUUGCUCCUCGCACAUGCCUGUGGUGGACACGCUCAGCUGUUUUGGAACGCGGGGACUCAAAUUCACCUUUUGCUGUCCACUUCAAGCGAAGCAGUGACUGGGUGUUCUACUACAAGGGCAAGGACCAGGCUUUCGGCGUCGCGCAGCUGAAAGACUUGAUCCAGGAGCAGAGCGUGGCGAGCAUCCCUGGGCAUGGCAGCUGGCCAGCGGGACAGUGCCCUCCCACUUUCAAUAUGGAGAAGACAACCUUGUGUCUGAAGUGCAAAGAUCCCGCCGAUGAGAAGAUCCUUCAGACGGCCAGCAAGUGCAGCACUGUGUCUCUCAUGUGGAUCAUGAAAGCAGCUUCUGAGCAGGAGCUUGCAGUGUAUGGCGUCGCCCUGGCCAACAACAAGCAGAUGAUUGUGAUGCCGGACCGCAACGUGCUGAGCUGA